AACACAGUUUGAAAUUUUCAUAGUUGUCAUCAAUUUGGAGCUUUCGCAAGUAUUUAUAGAUGGAAGGACAAGCUGGUCCGAUCCCGACCAAAUCGCGUGUUUAUGCAGACGCCUUAAAUGAUAAGCCAGCAGAGUUCUGGAACUACGAUAGCUUCACCCCCGAAUACCAAAAUUCCGACGACUACGAAAUCGUCCAAAAAAUUGGCCGCGGCAAAUAUAGCGAAGUUUUCGAAGCAUUGCAGUUGUCAACCGCGUUGAAAGUUGUCGUUAAAAUUCUAAAACCGGUAAAAGCUCGCAAAAUCAAACGCGAAAUCAAGAUCCUGAACGAGCUACGUGGAGGCAUAAAUAUCAUCCGUCUCCUCGGGGUAGUCGGCAUUCCCCUGAACAACACCGCAUUAGUAUUCGAACAGGUAAACCAGGCGGACUUUAAACACAUCUACUUCAAUUUGUCAGAGUACGACACGCGCUUCUACGUCUACGAACUGAUCAAGGCACUCAACUUCUGCCACAGCAAAGGCAUCAUGCACCGAGAUGUCAAACCGCACAACAUCAUGGUAGACCAUGGGCAACACAAGUUGCGACUCAUCGAUUGGGGUUUGGCAGAAUUCUACAAGCCCGGCACUGAAUUCAACGUGCGCGUUGCAUCACGUUACUUCAAAGGGCCUGAACUGCUUGUCGAAUAUGGCUACUACGAUUAUUCACUAGACAUGUGGUCGCUUGGUUGCAUGUUUGCAUCGAUGAUCUUCCGCAAGGAGCCGUUUUUCAGCGGCAGCGACAACUUCGAUCAACUCUUGCGCAUUGCCAAGGUUCUAGGCACGCAAAACCUUGAAAACUACCUCAACAAGUACAGAAUCCACUUGAAUCCACAGUUUCGAAGCACGCUGGGCCACCACAGUCGUAAGAAGUGGGACCGGUUCAUUAAAACCGAGAACGAGUAUUUGAUCAACGACCAUGCGCUGGACUUCUUAGAUCGGCUGUUGCGAUACGACCACGUGGAUCGAAUAACGGCUAAGGAAGCGUUGGACCAUCCAUAUUUUGGGCCAAUUCGUAAGAAUGCCCGCGCCGCACCAACGACUGAAAGCGGAUCGUCUGAAUCACAAUAAUUAUGUUACCAUUAAUAGCUAAAUACAAAUUAAAUGCCCGCGUAGAAAAGUU